AUGGUUACUGCGGAUCUUAAAGAUGGUUUUUUCCAUGUGCCUGUACAUGUGGAUCAUCAAGAUUAUUUAGGUUUUCAAUUUGACAAUGUGUAUUAUAAAUGGCAAGUUCUACCAUUUGGGCAUUCAUGUAGCCCUUUCUUCUUUGCAAAAACUUUACGUCCAAUUAUUGACUAUUUGCGUUCAUUGAAUAUUCGUGUGGUUGUCUAUGUAGAUGAUUUCAUUGUGCUUGCUCCCAAAGAUCUAAUAGAAAAACAUAAAAACAUUGUUUUGAGUACGCUAGAGUCAUUAGGAUUCACGAUUAACUAUAAAAAAUCAUCACUUGAACCAGCAUUGAAAAAAGUGUACCUCGGGUACAUAAUUGACAAUUCCAAUAAUAGAACAGUUAUCUCUAUCGUCGGAGAACGCAUAAGUAAAUUAAAGCGUUUAAUCAGGAGUACAGUGAAUAAACAAUGUGUACAAGCUAGAACACUUGCUAGAAUAGCAGGACAAUGUGUCAGCAUGUAUAAGUGUAUUUUUCCAGCAAAAUUAUUGCUCAGAAAUAUAUAUCGGCUAUUAAGUACAAAAGUUUCUUGGUCGGACAAGUUAAAGUUGAAUGACCCGUGUAUAAAAGAUUUACAGUGGUGGCUUCAGUCUAUCGACGGUUGGAAUCGUAAGGUUGUAUAUGAGGAACCUAUAGACUUGCAGUCGACCACAGACGCGUCCAAAUUUGGCUGGGGCGGAUGGAUCAACCACUCCCUACAGGCACAAGGGUUCUGGGACCCCUGGGUCCAGAAACAAAGUUCCAAUUACCGAGAACUGUUAAGUGUAUUAAUGUGUCUAGUGUCUUUCCACAAUCACCUCGGAAACAAACAUGUACAAAUAUUAUCAGACAAUGUCACCACAGUGGCGAUGAUAAAUGGUUUGGAGGAUCGAACCUAG